AUGGGCGGAGACCACAAAUGCCCCGUUUGCCAGGCGACGUUCACCCGCCCGCAGCAUGUCGCGCGGCACAUGCGUUCUCGUGAGUGGCUUUUGCCUUUGCUACCCCGCCAGUUCCCUGUUCGUUUGGCCUUGCGAAACCUUGACUUUGCUGCCUCCCUUACCUAUCCUUACCUUGUCUCCUUUCCAUUCCACACUUACUUUCUCUUUAUCUCGUCUCCAACUCCCUAUGCUGACGACGAGCGUCUAUCUUCAGACACCGGCGACAGACCGUACAAAUGCGUUCACUGUGGCGACCAGUUUGCCCGAAGUGACCUUCUCUCUCGACACGUAAAUAAGUGCCACGCAGGCGCUUCAAAGGCUGGUGGUGCUUCUUCGGGUAGACGGAAGGGGACUACGGCGGCUGCCCGCGCUACGACCAGCAAGCAAGCAUGCGACCAGUGUGUCCAGAGUAGCCUGCCUUGCGAUGGAAGUAAUCCUUGCGCCAAAUGUGUUACUCGCAAAACCCGCUGUACUUUCGUCAAGUUUCACCGCCAAACGGCGCCGGUUGGACCAGGUCAUCCCUCUUCUUUGGCCGCUGCCCACCCGUCUGCGUCCUCCAUGGGCUACUCGCUCGACAUGCAUGGCUUAGCUGGCGCUGGACAGGGCCCUGGCCAGUUCCUCUACGCUCAGCAGGCGGCUUCUGGGGCUGGUUUCGCCUAUGCACCACCGACCAAUGCGAGCCCGACGACGAGUAGUCCUCCCUUCUCAUUGUCCGCCGGAUCUCGAGAAGGAUUACCACACUUUUCCCAUCCACACCACUUUGGGGAAUAUAGAGACCGAGAAGCUUACGACAGCUACGACUAUGACCGGUAUGAUGCAUUGGAUGCCUCCAGCGAGCAUUCUGGCAGUGUUAGUGCAGGUAGCAGGCCUGCGAGCAGCGCUGGCUUAAGCGAUUAUGGCGGGUACCACCCACAUCUACCCGGGGCCAAUGGUCGACAAGCUUCGCUCGACAUGCACCAUCCCCAUUCUCAUGCCCGACCUCCAGAUGGACCACAUCAUGGUCAUCGCUCGGAAUUUUCAAGCGCGUUUGGCCUUAUGUCGCUCGAUGACCCCAAUGUCCUCGCCGGUCUUGCGGCUGAUGGAGUUCCCUUCUUCUCUACCACGAGUCAAAGCCCCGUUGCGCCCCAUGCUCAUAUUCCCGGUCUUCAGGCCACUCCCACCCAAAACGACAAACACCGACUGGGUUUACCGCUCCCGCUCCAACUUCCUCUUAUUCCGGCGCCGCCCGCUUUGACAUUCCAGGCCCCUCACCCUCACCAAUCGUCUUAUGGACCUCCCCCACCGGGCUCCGCUGGGUCGUCUUCUGGUCAUGGACAUGGCCAUCCAGCUCAAACUCCAGGGACCCGCGAAGCAGAGACAAGGGAGCUCAGAGAGUUUUGGAAGGCUUAUAUGCGGACGCCGUUGACUGGUCCCAGUCCGGGACAAAACACGACCGACCCAUUGGCGAAUGUGAACGGCGGGUUGGGAAUGGAGACGCCCAGUGCUAGUGCCAGCAAUGCGGCCAACGCUGCUGGCGGUUUGCUCGGUACGAGUGGCCCACCCCCAAGGCGAUAUCGCGUUUCCAGUCUUCCGAGCGUCAAAACUCCAGAGGGCGAGAUGGAUGCCCCACCCGUUUUCCCUGUCCACCAUCACCAGCAACACGCUCCUCCAGUAUCUCAGCAACACCAGCCGCCACGUACAAUGCACAAUGCGGACGAUUUACGGAGCUACGAGGCUGCUGUCUUGGCAAGGAAGGCGCCCGAGUUGGUCUUGAGGAAGCCGGUCAAGCAGAGGCCUCUUACCAGUCACGGAUCCGCUUCGCCACCGACACGACAAUCUUCCCAGCCACAGCCCUCGUCGAGCCAGCCAACGCAGCAGAGUUUCGACUUCAAUGCCAUGUCCCGCGAGUCGUCGAAUUCGUUGGCCGGCGCGUUUGGACAGGGCCAAAACCACAGCUUCUCCUACAAUGUUCCCCCUCCUGGUACUUCAUCUUCGUCUACCGGCUCCAACCCUGCUUCCCCGUUCCCAAACACACCCUCGUCUGAUGAAGGUUCUCGCGAAGACGACGGAGACGAUGGGGGAAGUACCACCGGAAGUGGAGGAAGUAACAGUGGUCGUCCGUCGUUCAAGCGGCUUCCCAGUCAGACGCUGGAGCCGGUCCAUUCGAAACGGAGGAGGGACAUGGGGAUGACCUUGCCCGGUGGAUUGGGCAUGGAGACUCCAACGCCAGAGUUGUUGGGCGUGCCGUCGUCGUAUGCUGGAGAGAGACAGCUCCCACCCCAGCGUCGCGCGCGGAGGCUGAGCGCGCCGGCUUCCCCGACUGCGCUAGGAUUCGUCAUCAACUAG